AUGACGUUCAUAUCCCCCUGCAACCAUUGCUGCCUCAUUUGGGGCCUCAUACUAACAGUCUCCUCUUUCCUCUUCUCCUACGUUCUCGCUGCAACUUCUCUAGGGGGGGCCCCCUCAGGGGCCCCCCAGCUAACUGCUGCUUCUCAGCUCUCCUCUCCCUGGGGCCCCCCGUCUGCUGCAGGGGACGUCUCUGCACCUCUGCCAACGCUUGGGGGCCCUUCAGAACCCGCAGUGCUCAACGCAAGGGGGCCCCAGGGGCCCCAGGGGCCCCCGGUCUCCUCUGGUGUGUUGGGGGCCCCCGCCGCGGCUCCUGAGGCUCCUGGUGCAGCCACAACAGAUCAUGUGGGGCCCCUUGCUUCAGGAGUAGGGGGGCCCCAAGGGGGGGCCCCGAGGGAUUCGGGGGCCCCCCUGCUGGCCGAGGGUUCAGCUGCGAGGGCUGCGGCGUCUCCGCUGUCUCCUUCUUCUCCCCUCCCUAAUGAGUUUCUUGGGGGUCACUCAGUUGCUGGGGGCCCCCCUCCUCUUUCAUCCAGCUUAGCGCAUGCAGAUGACAUCGAAACUGUACCCCCAAGGCAGCCAGAGGGGCCCCCGAUGACAGGGGGGCCCCCCACGACAGGGGGGCCCCCCAUGACCGGGGGGGCCCCCAUGGUAGAGGGGGCCCCCGUGAUAGAGGGGCCCCCUUCUGCACCCAAGGAGCCGCAAGGGCCCCCGGCGGGAUAUGGGGGUAUGGAGGACACCAGCAACUCUGAGGGUCAGCAGCAUAUGCUGCAGCAAGAGCAGCAGCAGCAGCAGCUACAGGAGACGCAGCAGCAGCCUCAACAGCAACAACCGCAGCAACAGCUGCUGCAGUUGCAGCAGGAACAGCAUCAGCAACUGCCGCAGCAGCAACAGCAGCAGCAGCAACAGCAGCAGCAACUGCACCCACCGCAACCAGAGCAGCUGGAGCCGCAGCAGCAUCAGAACGAAGCAGCGCAGCAGCAGCAGCAGCAGCCGCAGCAAGAAGCGAACUCAGCUCCUGCUGCUGCUGCUGCUGCUGCUGCUGCUGACACCCCAGCUGCCUCCACCCACACACAUGAGUCUACGGCAGCUAAAGAGGAUGCCCUGGAGGGGGCCUCAGGGGCCCCCCACCCAGGAGCUCCUCCGCAGGGGGCCCCUCCUCCGGGGCCCCCUCCCCCGGGGGCCCCUCUCCCGGGGGCCCCUCCUCCGGGGGCCCCUCCUCCGGGGGCCCCUCUCCCGGCCCCGCCCCCUCCGGGGGCCCCUCCUCCGGGGGCCCCUCCUCCAGGGGCCCCUGAGGCUUCACCAAGUGGCGCUGAGAACCCUUCCGGGGCCCCUCUUGAGGGCCCCACCGAGGCCCCAGGAGGGCCCCGGGGAGAUUCCGCAGGAGGGGCCCCCGGAGGGGCCCCCGGCGAGGGUACGGGGGGUGAGGGUUCUGCAGAAGGAGUAUCUGAGGGGGCCCCCGCUGUGUCUGUGGAUGGGGGUAUUUGGGGUUUUUAUAUGAAUGCAGUGAAUGAGGGUGUGGUGCCCUCUUCUUUGGGGGCCCUCGUCAGUGGGGUUGUGCUGCUGCUGGGUACGGGGGCCCUAGCAGCAACGGGGGGUACUGGCGGGGGAGCUGUGUUUCUCGCUGUUCUGUUGGGGGCCCUUAAGCUUAAAGUCAGAGAUGCUAUUCCCCUCAGCAAGGUUAUGGUUUGCUGCUCAGCGUUUACGGGUACUUACAUGCAUCGGAGGAGGGAAAUACGGGAUGGCCUUUCAGCAGUAGAUGAGUACCCAAGAGUUGUUGCGAGGGGCCCCCGGAGGGGCCCCCAGGGGGGCCCCCAGGGGGCCCCCUUCACGGGCUUGGGGGCCCUCCGCCUGUGGAGGAGGGGACGGGGAGCUGCAGCUAGGAGCAGCGGAGACACGCUGCUGCGGACGGAGGCUACUCACAGCCUGUCUCCGUCUGAGGGUCUCCUGGAGGCAGCGGAGACACCGAGGGAGCAGCUGUCUCUUGCAGCAGCAGCAGCAGCAGCAGCUGCUGCUGCUGCUGCAGCCAGAGACACAGGCAGCAGCAGCACACGCAGCGACGGUGAGACGGACGAACAGCAAGAGCAACAGCAGCAGCAGCAGCAGCAGCAGCAGCAGCAGCAGGAGCAGCUGUUGCCGCAGCAUGAUUACCUUGUUACAGCCAACAGGGGGCCCCCACAAGAAGAGGGUUCAGUGGACUUCAUGGGGGCCCCCCUUGUGGUGUCUCUGGAUGCCGAAGACAGACUGCUGCCGAUGACGCACAUAUCUGCCUUUGCUUCUCACGACGGUGAGGGGGCCCCCGCGUCUCCUGGGGGCCCCCCACUGUCUGCGGGGGGCCCCCGCUUCAGCCUGGGUAGGGGCUGGUGGCGUAGAGCCAAGAGCUUAAUAGCAGCAGAGCAGGGGGCCCCCAGCAGCAACGAGUUUCUCGUCGGCCUGCAUCCGGGGGGCCCCCAUGACAACCCCUUUGCUGACCCAGCUGAAGACUACUUUGUGCAGCCGCCGGGGGGUACAGUUGGGGGCCCCCCUGCUGCAGCAGCAGCAGCAAUCGAUGGAGACAGAACUCAGAGACCCCUGGAGCAGCAACAGCAGCAGCAGCAGCAGCAGCAGCAGCAGCAGCAGUGGGGACAGGGGCUGUGGUGUCGCUGCGUUGCUGCUGCUGCAGCAGGGGGACUAGGCCUCAAAGGGGCAUGCAGGCGGCUGCUGUCUUCGUCUCCAGUGAGGGAGCCGCAGCAUCAUCUGCUGUCUCCUUUGCUGCUGCUUGUUGUUGGUUGCAGCCUUUCUUCUCAUGCUUUGAUUGCUAGGGGUUGUUGGGGUUCUGCUGCUGCUGUUGCUGCAGCAGCAGCAGCAGCAGGAGCGGGGAUACAGAUAUUUGUCUCUCUUUCUGUUCUUAGAGAAUUCAAGGCAGCUCAUCCACACUUCUCGUUUGCUGCUGCUGCUUCUGCUGCUGCUUCUGCUGCUGCUCUCCGUCUCCUUACCCAAGGCCGUGCUCUUGCUGCCAGCUGCAGCAGCAGCUGCUGCAGGGUAUGCAGAGCAGCAGCACGAGGGACGCUGCAGGGUCUCCGCGCCUCAGCCCGCUUGCUGCAGCAGCAGCAGCAGCAGCAGCAGCAGCAGCGGGUGACUGGGAGGAGGCAGCAAGAGAGCGCGCUGCUAGAAGGAAGGGGGGCCCCCUUGGGUUCAGUGGAGAUGGAGACCCUGUCAGCGGGGGCCCCCGAGGGGGGCCCCCAUGCAUCUUCUUCUCUCUCAUCUGUCCCCUUUUCUCCUCCGUUUGCUGCUGCAGCAGCACAACAAGAAGGAGACAGUGCAGCAGAAGAAGCAGAGCUGCUGCUGCGGGCGUUGCUGGUUGCCCCGGUUGUGGGGCUGCUUACUGGGGUGCUAGCAGGGCUGACUCUAUCUGCUGCCUUGUCUUCUCUUUGGUAG